GUAGUAGUAGUAGUAGUUGUUGUUGUUGGUGAUAAAUGAGGAGCGCGAGUACUCUAACCUCGUCGGUAGCUCUGCGAGCAAGUAGUGAAUUUUGGGAAAAACGGCUAUAUAUACGCGAGAUCAGAUCGGCCCAGAGCGCGUCUGGACCAAUCAGGACGCUCGCUGAGGUGGCGACUCCUGAUCCUGAGUAGGCACGCUAAUAUAUAUACCACUUUUCAACUGAGAAAACGCACACUCGUUCUCACAGCAGUACGGCGACACUAUGCCUCACAAAGCAUCAGGAAAGGCUGCCAAGAAAGCUGGCAAGGCACAGAAGGCCAUUGCCAAGGGCGACAAGAAGAAGAAGCGCAGGAGGAAGGAGAGCUACUCCAUCUACAUCUACAAGGUGCUCAAGCAAGUCCACCCAGACACUGGCGUGUCCUCCAAGGCCAUGUCAAUCAUGAACUCGUUCGUGAAUGACAUUUUCGAGCGCAUCGCUGCCGAGGCAUCCCGCCUGGCACACUAUAACAAGCGCUCCACCAUCACCAGCCGGGAAAUCCAGACCGCUGUCCGUCUUCUUCUGCCUGGUGAACUGGCAAAACACGCUGUUUCUGAAGGCACCAAGGCUGUUACCAAGUAUACCUCCUCCAAGUAAACAGGCGGCCAGUAUACUGCUGCCAGUAUAAAAUAAUACCUGGC